AUGAAUCACAACACCAACAUCCACUUUGGGAACCGGACACUGAUCCCACACGAUCUCCACGGCCGGAGUUACCAAGACCCAGCCGUAAGCAUCGUGCCACAUCCGUUCCCUCCCAACCGCGCUCAUCCGACGUUUGAAGGACCUAGCCGAGACGAGCAUCAUUACCAUCAUCAUCAAAACCGACCUCCGGUUUAUCAUCAACCACCUAGACCAGUGUUGCAUUCACACCACGACCAUGUUCUCAAUAGGCGGAGAGAUAGCCAUUUCGAUGCCGUGCUUGAGGGUUUCAUGGAGAGCCAAAGAAGAACUAGCCGCGACAUUGAGACAAAGCUAGAGUUCACGCGAUACGAACUAGAUGGAAGACUUGGAGAACUCUCUACCCAAAUAGAGAGAGUAGAGUCAAGAUGCUUGGACAUGGAGGAAGAUUUGAAGAAGCAAGGCGAGGCCAUUGAAGACAAUAGGAGAGCGAUACACUUUACCAAAGUUUCUACCAAGGAGAUGGAUAAUCACUUAGAUGAGAAGAUCUCAAGUCUUGAUAACAACCUCGAUGGCACCACCAAGAGUCUCAAUUCAAUAACAGCAGUAGCUCAUCAAGCUAAGAGGGAGGUAGCCGAAGUGACACUAAAGGAGAGGCAAUGUUACUCGACAAUGCUUACAUUGGUGGAAGGGCAAAAACAAGUGAAGGCACAAAUCCGAGAUUUACACAUCUCUCUAGACAAGAGGAGCCAAGAUAUUCAAAGAAGAGCUAGAGGGCUUGAAGACAAAGUAGAUGGAGUCUCCAAGGAAGUCAAGGAUUUAACCACUCGCUUAGCCAACUUGGAAGAGAAGGUCUUGACCGAGACAAAGACGACCGUUCCUAAGCACAAACUAUGCCGCGCCCGUCUUUACUAUAAGAGAGACCGACCCAAGAGUGAUUUGGGAUGA